GCUGCGCAAGGGAGUGCCACCGAGAACCCGACCGGUGGUGUGGUUUGCUGUCGUAAAGUCAGGGAAACGAAAAGACUGCCCCACCGUGGGGAGUGCGAGACGCAAAAGAAAAGAACUGCGAAACAUCAAUGAAAUCCGGGAAAACGUUUUAACUGUGGUGUAUCGUUAUGUGUCGUGUGUUUUCUUUGUGCAAUUCGUAUCAGUGCGAGCAGCGAUAAGCGGCAAGAAAUUGGAAGGAGCAAAGAAUGGAAUAAAUGCCGCAAACAGCAACGUCCUCUGUCUGUGGAAUGUGAUAAAAACAGGGAAGCGCGCAACCGGAUAAACGACGACGACGGCGGCGACGGACGCGCACACGGUACCAAAACGUGCGCGUGAAAAGUGUCAGUGGAUUAGGCGGCUGGGCGAGCGUGCGUGUGCGUGUUGGUGUGCUUGUAUGUGUCUGUGUCCAUGUGUGUAUUUAUUUAAUUGUAGUGCAUCAUCUUGGCGGUGUGUUUCGCUCUGUGCGUGGUGUAUGCGUGUACCGCCGCCGGUGGUGGCAUAGAUUUGUGCGCGUUCGCUUUUCCACUGUGCGUCAAGCUGGCAGCGUAACCGUAACGGCACCGACAUUAUUGGACGAAAGCAUCAAAAGAGGCAAACUGUCGAAACAGAAGCAUAAAGCACGAUUAUGGCACUGCUAUCCAAUGGCGCUUCUUCGAUGCAGAUAACACCACAGACGGCCAACGGUGGUCCGAACGGUGGUGGCCCCGAUGGCCCAGGUGACUUCAACUCCAAUGAUCAUAUCUUCUUCUCGAGUCUGUUUAACGCCCUACCGUGCUGGGAUGCACCGCAUAAAGCGAGCUCGGGACCGGUUAUGGUUCCACAAAGCAAUAACAACACUUCACUGGAUCGGGAUAGCAUAAGCAUUACGGAGGAUAUCCUGUUUUCCAACGUUUUGGGUGCAAUCGGUACCGGCAGCAGCAGUAGCGGAAGCAGCGGGGCUAUUGGCAUGGGCAAUGUCGGUAUCAUCGGUUCAUCACACGGAUCGAGCGGUGGUGGUCAUCUGGCACACGCGGUGACCUCUGCGAACGAAAUCUUCGGUGUAAUAGGCUCCGCGUGUGCGAGCCACGCUCAGCUCACGCCGGGUACUUCGCCCCAGACGAACUCCUCCAACGGCAGCCACUGUCCGUCGUCCGUGGGAGCCAUCUGUGGCCGGUGUGAUACGCACGCCUCCAGCCGCUGCCUGGACUGUAACGAUGUGCUGUGCGAAGACUGCACCCAGCUGCAUGGAAAGAACGCCUUUACGAAAGAUCACUGUGUGAUUUCGAUAAACACAAUCUCACCGAUCGGAUCGGCCCCAUGCAUGGUGCCGGGCAAUGGCCAUGGCAGUGGUAAUGGAAGCGGGCCUUCAAACGGACCCAUGGCUGCAGGAUUGUCCGAACCGCACUGCGAUGUACACGGCGAGGUGCUGCGAUAUCUGUGCGAGUCCUGCAAGAAGGUCGUCUGUCAAGAGUGUACGCUGUGGGACCACAAAGACCAUUCGUGCAUACCGGUGGCAAACAUUUCGCAUGGUGCGUCGGAGAAAAUUAUGUCCAUACUGGAAAGUGGCAAGCUGGGCACAAAGUACAUCAAGGCUAGCAUCGAUCGUGCGGUCACGUACUCGCAGGCCGUGGAAAGAGACGCCAUGGAAGCGUCGGCCCGCAUUCGCAAAGCGAUGCGUCACUUCAUUCUGGCCGCUGAGGAUCGCGAACGGACCCUGUUGGAUCGGGUGGACAAAUUUCGCCAGCAGAAGCUAACCUCGCUUUCCGACCAGAUGGCUGGGCUCCGGGCCGCCCUGGCAGGGCUUUCACAGACCUCCGACAUGCUAACGAAGGCACUUGAUUCUGUGUCGGUGAUGGGCAGUAUGGAGAUUGCGAAGACGCUAACAACGGGUGAAAGCCAGAUGGAACAGUUUGCGGCGAUGUACAAGAACCUGCAGCCGAAGGAGGAGUUCAUCACCUUCGUGGCACCGAACUUUGAGCUGCUGCAGGAAAUUCGCAUGCAGGGCGAUGUGAUGCUGGUCGGUCAGCGCAGCAACUCCGUAUCCUCGAACAGUUCGGGCAAUGCGAGCUUACAGGGACCGACGGGUCCAAACUGUGGCGGUGUAAAUCCUAGCAACGGAGUCGGUGGAGUGGGUGUCGUAGGGUCGGUUGGUAACAUCCUAACUCGACGCCCGAUCGUUCGCAGCACUACACCGGCCCAGCGCAUCGGCUCAUCGUCGUGGGAUCCGAUGGGAAAAGGGUCGGGCGGAAGUUCAUCCGUUCUCGGGUCAUCACCGACAUCCUUUGGCAUCGGCCCAAUUCCUGGAGCACCUAUACUGGGGCAGUGUAUUCCGGGCUGCAACAACCAUGUAGCGGCCAAACCAGCUGUUGGCCCUAGCCUUACGUUCGGCUUCGAUGGCCAUGAAGACGGUCAGGUUUCCCGUCCCUGGGGUAUUACGGUCGACAAAGACGGCCAGAUACUGGUGGCCGAUCGGCGCAAUAACCGCGUGCAAAUAUUCUACCCCGAUGGUACGUUCAAACUAAAGUUUGGUUCCAAGGGUACCGCCAACGGGCAGUUUGAUCUUCCGGCGGGCAUCUGCACGGAUGGGCAGGGGCGCAUCAUUGUCGUGGACAAGGACAACCAUCGUGUGCAGGUGUUUUCGGCCGGAGGGCUGUUUCUUCUUAAGUUCGGCAGCUACGGCAAGGAAUGUGGCCAGUUUCAAUACCCUUGGGAUGUAGCAGUGAACACAAAGGGUGAAAUUUUGGUGACCGACUCACGAAACCACCGGAUUCAACUGUUUAGCCCGGACGGUCUCUUUAUAUCGCGCUACAGCUUCGACGGGGUUAAUCACAGUCGUUACCUCAAAGGUUUGACGACACCGCGCGGCGCUUGCUUCACGCCGCAGGGAGAUAUCAUCAUAUCGGACUUUGAAAAUCAUCGGCUUCUGUUGAUCGAUGCAACUCUUUCCAAGGUGCUUGCUGCAAAGGGCCACGAAGGUUCGGCCGUUCAUGAGUUCAGUCGACCAUCGGGCAUUUGUUGCGAUGAUGAUGGGCGUGUAAUUGUUGCCGAUUCUAAAAACCAACGCGUUCUGGUAUUUUCUCCCCAGCUAGAGUUUCUGUGGGCCGUUGAAAUACGUCCUUCGUCUAAUGGGUUGCUAGCAAUAGGUAUGGACGAAAAAGAUCGUCCCAGCGAUGUUGCGCUGCUGCCCGAUGGACGACUCGUAGUCAUGGUUGAAACGUCGCCGGACGCGCGUGAUCAGUGCAGUCCACAAAAAACGUUCAUCCAAAUUUACUAAUGUUUUGUCCCAUGCUAUGAGCAUAGCCAUGCUGCACCACACCAAAUCAGGCCCUAUGAGCAUACCCGCUUUGCAAAAUUGAACGUUGAAAACAGGACUGCCAAAACAUAUUUUCACAUUCAGUGCAGCAGCAUAUUGUUUCUGCGUGUAGGCUCAAAAGUAGCAAACGCUGAGACGAUAAAAAUAACACUAGUGUGUGUGUGUGUGCGUGUGUGUAGUGAAAGUUAAACUAUAAGAUUAUGUGUACCGCAACGCUGCUACCUCAAAACUCGUUUGAUUUAGUUGUUACUAACGUGAUUUUAUUUUUUUUAUUAGUCCUGACAGCGACAGCUUCCUCCAUUAUCCUGACUCCUGCUUUUAUGAGUGAGGCGAUUGAAGUGAGCGAAAAAUUUUACACUAAAAAUCGGUUUGUUUUUUAUUUAGGCAACGCAAGCAUCAAACGGAAAUGAUCCUAUUCCUGGAACCUGGAAGCUUAAAAAGAAUUUAAAUCAGUAACCGAAAAGUACAAGAAAUUUGUUUUAUGAAAGUGGACGAAUGAUAAUGCAGUACGAAAAAUUGAUAAGAGCGCAAUUGUAAAGCAAGCGAAACAAAAAGGGAACGAAACGAAUAAUUAGUUCCCUAUUCGCCAUAAGCGAUGUUCUUGUUUGUUAGUUGUAAAUGAAAUUAUAGUCUUCAAACAUAGCAAAUACGGAUCAAAUCUAAAUGCAGCAGGAAGAAGUAGCGAGAUGAUGAUGCAUCGUAAAUAUAGUACAAUUGUAGUAGUAGUAUGCGCCUAUAAAGGUAAAUGGCCGCCAUGGUGAGGGCAAGCGCAUACAGCAUGAUGCGCCGUGCACGGCACGCGUCUUUUGAUUUGAUAUAGAUGUUUUAAUUUUUUCUUCUAUUAGAUAGAACAUGAAUGUUCUCUAUGUUUUGAUCCUCUCCAAAACGCAGUUUUGAUGUUUUAUUAGCAAAUUUCUUAGUCAACUCUUAUAGACAAUGCGUAAUGUAGACUUAAUAAACCUCCUUUUUGAUACUUUGUAUCGGGAGCGAUAGGGAUUAGUGAGAAACAGUGAAAUGCAAGGGAAGUAAUAUAAAGCAACGUAUAUUAUAAAUAUGACUGUAACCGAAACAUUAAACAGAAGAGUUCUACGCAAUUUACCCCACAAGACUGAACACGAACGAAAUGUAAACAUAACAUAAACGAUCAAGCGUCUUGAACGGUUUUUUAUGCGUAUUUACACCGAAGAACGAAAAGUAUGAAAGACAAGAAAACUCAUAUUUACUGCUAAAGUUUUGGAACUUUUUCAGCUAAAAUAACGUUUAGCAGUAUUUUGCCUAAUGAAGCGGAAAACAUCUCUAGCAUUUACCAAAACCGAUCGACGGAGAAACAAAUUAAAAGUUCAGGCUAUGGUAUAAUAUCUGUCCCACCUAUUUUAAGCAUGUUUUCUAAAUGACUGUGGCUUUUGCGUUCAUUCUGUUUGAAUCGUUUUUUUAUGCUUUGGUUUUAUUACAUAAGUUGUUUAAGCAUCAAUGUGGCAAAUCCGCCUAAAAUGUUCAAUUACAUAUGAUUUUUAUUACAUUCUGUUUAUAGGUUGUAAACCAGUAGACUGAAAAUUUAUAUCAUGUUUUCUCGCGUUCAUCGGACUGUCUGGAUACCCAGUCGUUGAAGUAAACGAAUAUCUUUGUCAAACAUAAUCGUAUGGUUUAGUUGCACUCGUCCUGAUAAUUGUAUUAUUUUGCACCUUUGCGCCAACGCGAUAUAACCCGUAGCGAACAGCUUUGUUCGUUAAUUUAAUUCUAGUUUAAUUGCAAGCAUUUUAUCGUAUCAAGUAUUUUUUCCUCCGUUUAGUGUACGGUAGCCUAUUGCACCCGUAUGUAGUCAAUUUUAAUUGUACUUUAUUGUUAUACGUAAGUGAUACAUGUUGUUACACAUAUAACCAUCUUAGGAUGAUGAAUGCGUGAGAGAAACGGCUCCCGAAUUUGUUUAGUGACUCCUCGUUAACAAUUCGUUAAUGAUUAUUGUAUUUCGUUUGUUGGUUUUUUUAAACAAUAUAUAAUAACUAUGUUCAUAUGUACGAACAUGUCCCAGUCAAAAACAGAACAAUGCACUGCAUAACAACAUUCAUAACUGACACUUUAUAAUGAACACAAACGCAAUGGAAAUGAGUAAAUUUGUAGAUGUUUUUCAUAAGGUUGCUUGUUAAUUGAAAUCAUUUAUUGUAUAGAUUUAGAUCCCAUAAAGAUCCGAGCGUAUAACUGAUUGCCGUAUGAUGAUGCUCAAAUAAAAGCAUUAACAAUAGCAGUAUAAGUUUGCAUCUAAGUGUGACGAGCGAAGCCGGUAUAGUUAAGAUUCGUUCUUUAUCAAAAAGAUCAAUUACAUUGGUAAAGGACAGCGCAUUGAAGAUCACAUCUUCCGAACGAUCGGAUCGACCAAUCGAUUCUUUGAAUCUCUGCCACAACAUGAAGGAUGAAAGUGAGAAAGGAGUUAAAAUGUAAUAUUCUUCAGCUUUUACUUAAAGCAAGAAGCAAAGCAAGAUACUGCCAGCAAGUUGUUCAAAAUAUCGUGUAACAUAGCGUAAGCUGUAGGUGGUGGAGCUAUAAUUGUACGCAUUCACAUGCGCGUUGUACUGCAAGUGUGAACAAACUGACUUAAAACAUGCAUAAUAAUAAGAUAUAUUUUUUAUUUUCCAAUAUCCAUAAGCUACAAAAACAAACCAUAACAAUGCAACAAUUAAAAAUAUACCACUAGCCCUAGUUCAUUGAAAAUGACCAAGAUGAUUGUCGGCGUGGGAAGAGCGAAACUAACAAUAUUGAGAGUGUGUAUAAAUGCCAAUAAAUCUAGAGCUGAUAGCUCUGGCAGCACGAAAACCAGCGACAAGGGUUUUAUGAUGAAUGGUACAAAUUUAA